AAAAAAUGUUCUAAACAGGAAUGUAAUGAAACAUCGGAAAAUGGAAUUUUGAUCUUGUUUCGCAGAAAUAAGAACAGCCUCAGAAAUGCUCCUAAUCAGACUCAUCCCCCUCAUUCUCAUCCUCAACGCCGUCAGGGUCCUCCUGGUAUUUGCCACAAAGGAUGACAUAUAUGACAAAUUGUUUUUGGAAAUCGAGCCAGAUGGCCCCUACCAGAUCAGUCAGAUGGUCAACUUCACUUGCAGCAUGCUAACCAAGAGAAAAGGUAUGAAAAACAGGGUCCUCUACGUUUUCCACAUUCGGAGCCCGAUCGACGAUUUGCCACCGUCACAGCGUCCGUGGAAAGUCAUCAAGAACACAACGAAACUUGAAAAUGGCGAUAGACUCUUUAAAUCUAAGGGAUCGGCGACGAUUCGCAACAACACGAUGGCAAUCAUGUGCUCCCUCUCACCGAACGUCACUAACAACGAGACGACAAUACUGAAGCCACUUAUUGUGUUUCGCACUGGCGCGCUGACCUCUGACGAGAACGGUGGCCUGAACAUUGGAGUGAUAGUUGGAGCCAGUGUUGUUGUAGUAAUUGCAGUGGGUGGUAUUGUCGCGUUCGCCAUUAUGAGGCUCCGCAAAAGAUCCGCAGCAGCUGAGAGCAGGCAGUGACGGGGCUGGCCGGGGUGUACUAGCAGAAUGAAUGACAAAGGCACCUUUCAAGUUGUGGCAAAAACACAACGCGAGAGAAAAAGAAACCACUCACAAAGAAUGCUGGAGAAAACCAACGGAAAUAAUUAAAAAAUGUCAAACUGAAUUAAAAUUUGUAUCAUGAAAAUAUUAUUUGCAGCAGGGAAAUUUGAAUCUUGACCAUUUUUUAAUUGCAUGCAAUAAAAAUAGCAAAU